AUGUCAGCUCUUCCUCCUCCUCCGCCUCCGGGAUGGGGUGCUGCAGCUCCCCCGUCGAUGCCUCUCGCUCCCCCACCACCCGGAUUCCGACCCCCAGCUGAUCCUUUGGUCGGGAAGUUUGCACAGAAGAAAAACGAAUGGCUCAGGACGCAACGAAACCGUUUCGGGGAGAAGAGAAAAGCCGGCUUUGUGGAAAGCCAGAAGGCGGAUCUGCCACCGGAACAUCUCCGGAAGAUUGUUAAGGAUAUAGGAGAUGUGUCUCAGAAAAAGUUCAGUACCGACAAAAGGAGCUAUUUGGGGGCAUUGAAAUUCAUGCCUCAUGCGGUCCUUAAGUUGCUGGAGAAUAUGCCGAUGCCUUGGGAAUCAGCUCGGGAAGUCAAAGUGCUCUACCAUGUAAAUGGUUGCUUGACACUGGUCAACGAGAUCCCCCGAGUUAUAGAGCCUGUUUUUCAUGCGCAAUGGGCUACCAUGUGGAUGACGAUGCGACGAGAGAAAAGUGACCGCCGGCAUUUCAAAAGAAUGCGCUUUCCUCCUUUCGAUGACGAAGAGCCACCGUUGUCGUGGUCGGAAAAUAUUGAAGAUGUUGAACCUUUAGAACCCAUUCAGAUGGAACUUGACGAAUCAGAAGAUGCUCCAGUAUACGAGUGGUUUUACGAUCAUCGACCACUUCUUGAUACCCCCCAUGUGAAUGGCCCAAGCUACAAGGAGUGGAAUUUGACUCUUCCACAAAUGGCAACGCUAUAUCGAUUGAGCCGCCAAUUGCUCAGCGACGUGGUCGAUAAAAAUUAUUUCCAUAUGUUCGAUCUAAACAGCUUUUUAACAGCAAAAGCUCUUAACGUCGCGAUUCCUGGUGGACCACGAUUUGAGCCGUUAUAUAAAGACGUCGACCCAAAUGAUGAAGAUUUCGGAGAAUUCAAUGCGAUCGAUCGUAUCAUCUUCAGAGCUCCAAUCCGAACGGAAUAUCGAGUCGCUUUCCCAUACCUAUACAAUUCGUUACCACGAAGUGUCAAGCUGUCUUGGUACUCCUACCCUCAGAUCGUUUAUGUCCAAUCAGACCCCAAUCUGCCUGCGUUUUAUUUUGACCCAGUCAUUAAUCCGAUAUCAUCCCGUUCUGUCGCUCCCAAGAAUAUAACUGUCAGCCACGAAGACCAUAUUUUUGGAGCUGGAAAUGACGAGGAUGAAUUUACACUCCCUGGAAAUGCUGAGCCGUUCUUGGCUGAUGAAGAGCUGUACACCAGUGAAACGGCCUCUGCAAUUGCUCUUUGGUGGGCGCCAUACCCAUUUGACACGCCGCUCUGGAAAAAUGUGAAGACUCUGACCACAAAGGAGCGAAAGAAGUCCCGUUUUGGAAAUGCUUUCCAUCUAAUGCGGGAAAUCCUUCGCUUAACGAAGCUUAUCGUUGAUGCCCAGGUCCAAUAUCGUUUGGGUAACAUCGAUGCUUUCCAACUUGCUGACGGCAUCCUCUAUGCUUUUAAUCAUGUUGGCCAACUGACGGGCAUGUACAGAUACAAGUACAAACUAAUGCACCAGAUCAGAUCAUGUAAAGAUCUGAAGCAUCUCAUAUACUAUCGCUUCAACUCUGGUCCGGUUGGAAAAGGUCCGGGGUGCGGGUUCUGGGCACCUGCUUGGAGGGUUUGGUUAUUCUUCCUGAGAGGGAUUAUACCUCUCCUGGAGCGCUGGUUAGGAAAUUUACUUUCCCGUCAGUUUGAAGGGCGCCACAGCAAGGGUGUCGCAAAAACUGUUACGAAACAACGUGUUGAAUCCCAUUUCGAUCUUGAGCUUCGCGCUUCAGUCAUGGCAGAUCUUAUGGACAUGAUGCCUGAAGGCAUCAAACAAAAUAAGGUUAACAUUGUUUUGCAACAUCUCUCGGAGGCCUGGCGAUGCUGGAAAAGUAAUAUCCCCUGGAAAGUCCCGGGGCUUCCUGCUCCUAUAGAGAAUAUUAUCUUAAGAUAUGUCAAAAGUAAGGCAGAUUGGUGGAUUUCUGUUGCUCAUUACAACCGGGAGCGUAUUCGGCGCGGAGCGACGGUUGAUAAGACUGUGGCUAAGAAAAACCUCGGACGACUCACGCGACUCUGGCUCAAAGCUGAACAAGAGCGGCAACACAACUACCUGAAAGAUGGCCCUUACGUCUCUUCUGAAGAAGCCGUUGCAAUUUACACUACCACGGUCCACUGGCUGGAAUCCCGAAAAUUCUCCCCUAUUCCGUUUCCUAGCGUAUCUUACAAGCAUGAUACGAAGAUUUUAAUUUUGGCUCUAGAGCGUUUGCGCGAAGCUUAUUCUGUUAAGGGCCGCUUAAAUCAAAGCCAACGGGAAGAACUUGCUCUCAUUGAACAAGCCUAUGAUUCUCCGGGUACAACUCUGGCGAGAAUUAAGAGAUUCCUUCUCACACAGCGAGCUUUCAAGGAAGUUGGUAUUGACAUGAACGACAACUAUUCAAACAUCAAUCCAGUGUACGAUAUCGAGCCCAUUGAGAAAAUCACUGAUGCGUACUUGGAUCAGUAUCUUUGGUAUCAAGCAGAUCAACGUCACCUAUUUCCGGCCUGGAUCAAACCGUCAGAUUCUGAGGUUCCCCCUCUUCUUACAUACAAAUGGGCUCAAGGCAUUAAUAACCUUUCAAAUGUAUGGGAAACCGCGGAUGGUGAAUGUAAUGUCAUGAUUGAGACGGAGCUAUCUAAGGUUUAUGAGAAAAUUGACCUCACCUUACUCAAUCGACUUCUCCGUCUCAUCAUGGACCAUAAUUUGGCUGAUUACAUCACCUCGAAAAAUAAUGUUCAACUCAACUACAAGGACAUGAACCACACGAAUAGUUAUGGUAUGAUCCGUGGCCUUCAAUUCUCUGGUUUCGUCUUCCAGUAUUAUGGCCUCGUAAUCGAUUUGCUCUUGCUGGGCUUGCAACGAGCAAGCGAGAUUGCAGGCCCUCCCCAGAGUCCAAAUGAUUUCUUGCAGUUUAAAGAUCGGUCAACCGAAACUAGACAUCCUAUUCGUCUCUACACAAGAUAUAUUGACAAGAUUUGGGUGUUCUUGAGAUUCUCAGCCGAUGAAUCACGAGAUCUUAUUCAAAGGUUUUUGACCGAACAGCCAGACCCGAAUUUCGAGAACGUAAUCGGUUAUAGAAAUAAAAAAUGCUGGCCCAGGGACUCUCGAAUGCGGUUGAUGAGACACGACGUUAAUUUGGGUCGUGCAGUUUUUUGGGAUCUGAAGAACCGCCUUCCGAGAUCCAUCACCACCAUUGAGUGGGAUGACACUUUUGCCAGUGUGUACAGCAAGGACAAUCCAAAUAUGUUAUUUUCGAUGUGUGGCUUCGAGGUCCGCAUUUUACCGAAGAUCCGCAACCAAAAUGACGAGUUCCAAGUCAAGGACAGUGUCUGGUCGUUAGCGAAUAACACGACUAAAGAACGAACUGCAUAUGCGUUCCUGCAGGUCACGGAAGAGGAUAUCCAGAAGUUUAACAAUCGGAUCAGGCAAAUUUUAAUGUCUUCCGGCUCGACUACGUUUACAAAAAUUGCCAAUAAGUGGAAUACGAGUUUGAUCGCUCUGUUCACAUAUUAUCGAGAAGCAGCGGUAUCCACUGUUAAUCUCUUGGACACAAUUGUUAAAUGCGAAACCAAAAUCCAAACCCGGGUUAAAAUUGGCCUGAACUCGAAAAUGCCGUCCCGCUUCCCCCCCGCCGUGUUCUACACCCCUAAAGAAUUGGGAGGCCUGGGAAUGAUUUCUGGUUCUCACAUACUUAUUCCGGCCAGCGACAAACGCUGGUGGAAGCAAACUGAUACUGGAGUCACCCACUACCGAGCGGGUAUGUCACACGAUGAGGAAACUUUGAUUCCUAACAUUUUUAGAUACAUAAUACCCUGGGAGGCGGAGUUUACCGACUCGCAACGGGUGUGGAUGGAGUACUCUCAAAAACGACAAGAGGCGAAUCAGCAAAAUCGUCGAUUGACACUUGAGGAUUUGGAAGAUAGCUGGGACCGCGGCCUUCCACGUAUCAAUACUCUCUUCCAAAAAGACCGGAGCACUCUCAGUUUUGACAAAGGCUUCCGUACGCGAACCGAAUUCAAAACCUAUCAACUGAUGAAGAGCAAUCCAUUCUGGUGGACAAGCCAGAGGCAUGACGGUAAAUUGUGGAACCUCAAUGCCUAUCGGACCGAUGUGAUUCAGGCCCUUGGGGGUGUUGAAACGAUCUUGGAACAUACCUUGUUCAAAGCUACAGCGUUUCCUUCGUGGGAGGGAUUGUUUUGGGAACGAGCCUGCCUUGCCAAGGGAACACAGUUGCUUCGGUACGAUGGUACCAAGGUUAGAGUCGAGGAUGUUAGAGAAGGAAACCUUCUCCUUGGUCCCGACGGCGAGCCUCGGCGCGCUUUCAACAUUGUCAGUGGACGAGAUCGUCUGUAUCGCAUUAGUAUUGACGCUGACAAGGAAGACCUUGUUGUAACGCCAAACCAUAUUCUUGUUCUUCAUCUUGAAAAGGAAAACCAAAAGCGACAGAGCGAAUUGCCGGCUUCUGCGGCAGAGCGCUACGAUACUGUGGAAAUGACAGCCGCCGAUUUUGCUGCUCUGGAUCCAGAAGAAAGGCGUUGGUACCGACUCUUUAGAUCCCCUGGCUUCGAGUUGGGCCAGCAAAACGUACCCAUAGACCCAUAUUUCCUUGGUUUUUGGUUAUGCGAUGGAAUUCGCGCGAGUACCACAAUCUAUACCAGUCCCGAAGAAGCAGCCAGAGAGUUUAUCAUCAACCAUGCUGCUGAAUUGGAUCUGCAACUUGCUUCGAAAGAAUAUAUGCAACACCCAGUCCGUCGUGUAGCCCGACAAACCAUCUUGGAGCAACGGCUCGCCGUUCAAUGCACAGCACCACAAGAAACUGACGGGACACUUCUCAGCCAUAUCUUGCUGAAAGCUGCGAAAAGUGGCCUAGCCCCCAGCACGCGAACCAUGUCAACCAGCCGAAAUCGCCAGCCUCUUUCCGAAACCUCAGCAGCAACUUCCAUGAAUAUUCUUCCCGGGUUUGCGUCUAAUUCGACUUCAGUCGUUUCCCCUGGUAUCCACUCUCACGAAAUUCUGUCGUUGCGUAGCUCCUGUUCGCAGCUCGUGCAGAUAGCGGAGAAGUCUGGGUUACGUGAAGAGUGCAUGAUUAACCCGCCGUCAUCGAGAGAGGAUCUCAGGCUCGAUUUAUUUGACACACAUAUUGAAGCCGAUGAAAUCCACGGCCUGGAUGAAAACUUGACCGGACAGAAGCACCGCCUACGAACGGGCUGUCGAGCAUAUGGAGAUCUCACUGUCCACGAGGAAGAACAAAUUCUUGAUAAUAUCAUUAGCCGACCUGUUGGCACUCCUGAUAUUGCUCUUCUCGCGGGGCUGAUCGAUAGUGAUGGCUGGUACUGUCAACCUCAGAAUACGUUCUGUUUUGGCGAGAGUGAACGCAUUUCGCCUACUCUUUUCUGGGACAUCGUCACGUUAGCACGAUCACUAGGUCUGAGUGUUUCUACAGAGCAGCAUACGAUGCGUAGCCCGGCUUGCACAGCAUGUAAACCCCGGUUUGUUGCCCAGAUAUCCGGAAAUGUGGCAGAAGUUACCUGCCUCUUGGCGCGAAAGAAAGGUGUCAAAAGUCCCGUUUCUCAGGCUCAUAGUUUCACUAUUAAGGGGAUUCAUCUUGAGUCGGAGAUGACGGAAUGGGCGGGCUUCAGAGUCGAUAAAGACCAACUCUACCUACGACACGACUUUCUUGUAUUACAUAACAGUGGAUUUGAAGAAUCUAUGAAAUUCAAGAAGUUGACCAACGCGCAGAGAUCAGGUUUGAAUCAGAUUCCUAACCGUCGCUUUACUCUGUGGUGGUCACCAACAAUUAAUCGUGCAAAUGUUUAUGUUGGUUUCCAGGUCCAGCUUGACUUGACAGGCAUAUUCCUACACGGGAAGAUCCCAACCUUGAAGAUUUCAUUGAUCCAAAUCUUCCGUGCCCACUUGUGGCAAAAGAUUCACGAGUCUGUCGUCAUGGAUCUCUGUCAAGUAUUCGACCAAGAAUUGGAGCAAUUAGGUAUCGAAACUGUUCAGAAAGAAACUAUCCACCCCAGGAAGUCUUAUAAGAUGAAUAGCUCAUGUGCCGAUAUUCUACUAUUCGCCACCCACAAGUGGAAUGUCACUAGACCGUCUCUUCUUUUUGACACCAAGGAUGUGAUUGAACCCACUACGACGAAUAAAUUCUGGCUAGAUGUACAACUGCGUUACGGUGACUACGAUUCUCAUGAUAUCGAGAGGUACGUUCGUGCCAAGUACCUCGAUUACACGACAGAUAGCAUGAGCAUAUACCCAUCCGCAACUGGCCUAAUGAUUGGGAUCGACCUGGCGUAUAAACCAUACUCGGCCUAUGGUCAAUACUUCCCUGGUUUGAAGGCUCUGGUGCAGCAAGCCAUGGCAAAGAUCAUGAAGGCAAAUCCGGCCUUGUACGUACUAAGAGAACGUAUUCGGAAAGGCCUCCAGCUUUAUGCCUCAGAAAGCAACCAGGAAUUCUUGAAUUCCCAAAAUUAUUCCGAAUUGUUUAGUAACAAAAUUCAGCUUUUUAUUGAUGACACUAAUGUCUACCGUGUCACAAUUCAUAAAACAUUCGAGGGUAAUUUGACGACCAAACCAAUCAAUGGUGCGAUUUUCAUAUUCAAUCCGCGCACCGGACAGCUGUUCCUGAAAAUCAUCCACACUAGUGUCUGGGCGGGCCAAAAGCGUCUCGGUCAAUUAGCCAAAUGGAAAACGGCAGAAGAAGUUGCCGCACUUAUCAGAUCUCUGCCGGUUGAAGAACAACCGAAGCAACUGAUAGUCACAAGAAAGGGUCUCCUCGAUCCACUCGAGGUUCAUUUGCUAGAUUUCCCCAAUAUCUCCAUCAGAGCGUCUGAGCUUCAGCUACCUUUCCAAGCUGCGAUGAAGGUCGAGAAGCUUGCGGACAUGAUUUUGCGCGCGACUGAACCGCAAAUGGUUCUUUUUAACCUCUAUGAUGAGUGGCUGAAGACAAUAUCGUCAUACACUGCAUUUUCCCGGCUUAUUCUAAUACUUCGAGCUCUCCAUGUGAAUCCUGAGAAAACGAAAAUCCUUCUUCGUCCAGAUAAGACAGUCAUUACCCAAGAACACCAUAUCUGGCCCACACUGUCAGAUGAGGAUUGGAUCAAGGUUGAAGUCCAGCUCCGUGACUUGAUUCUGAAUGACUACGGCAAAAAGAAUAACGUUAACACUCAAAGUCUGACUAGCAGCGAAGUUCGUGAUAUUAUUCUUGGAAUGGAGAUUAGUGCGCCGUCCAUGCAGCGACAGCAGGCUGCGGAAAUUGAAAAACAGCAGGAGGAACAGAAGCAGCUCACAGCGGUCACAACCAAAACUCAAAACGUCCGAGGAGAAGAGAUCGUUGUUACGACUACUUCCCAGUAUGAACAACAAGCAUUUGCUUCAAAGACCGAGUGGAGGACUCGGGCUAUUGCAACAUCAAAUCUCCGAACCCGGGCCAACAACAUCUAUAUUUCUUCUGACGAUAUCCAAGAGGAGGGACACUACACGUAUAUCAUGCCAAAGAAUAUCUUAAAGCGGUUUAUCACAAUCGCAGAUCUUCGAGUGCAGGUUGCUGGAUAUUUAUAUGGUGGGUCACCGCCUGACAAUGAUCAAGUUAAGGAGAUCCGGACGAUCGUGAUGAUCCCACAAGUUGGAAAUACUCGUGAUAUACAAUUACCACAUCAACUUCCCCAGCAUGAAUAUCUCAGUUCUCUUGAGCCCCUUGGAGUUAUUCAUACGCUCUCUGGAAACGAACCAUCGUAUAUGACAGCGAUGGAUGUUACGCAGCAUGCGCGCCUCAUGAAUGCGCACUCAUCCUGGGACAAGAAAACUGUGACGAUGACUGUAUCGUUCACCCCAGGUUCUGUGUCGUUGAGCGCGUGGGCAUUGACACCCCAGGGUUAUAAAUGGGGGGCUGAAAAUAAGGACACAUCCUCUGAUCAACCUCAAGGUUACUCAACCAGCAUGGGAGAAAAAUGUCAGCUGUUGCUCAGUGACAAAAUACGCGGUUACUUUUUAGUUCCGGAGAACAAUGUCUGGAACUACAGCUUUAUGGGCAGUUCUUUCAGUAGUUUAGAAAAGCGACCCAUAUAUGUGAAGAUUGAUACCCCAUUACGCUUCUAUGAUGACCAACACCGCCCAUUACAUUUCCAAAAUUUUGCCGAGUUAGAGGAUAUCUGGGUUGACAGAGUUGAUAACUUUGCAUGA